AUGACGCAGCUCUUCAAGGAGCUGACCAGGCGUCGCCUUGUUCGUUGGCUUCCAAUCAGCGCGAUGGCUUGCAUCGCCAUGCCGUUGGCCCUGAAUCUCGUUAGCGCGCGGCUGGCCGCAAUCAAUGGCGAAUCGAGUUUCGAGUCUCCAACUACAGCAGCGUCCAACAAAGCUCGCCUGGACGUCCUAAUGGGGGCAAUGAAAUCGUUCCUGCCGCAGUACGACGGCGUUGAGCUCCUAAAAGAGACUGCGAAGCGUGCGGCUGACCUGGCCCAGGCUGACACGCAAUCCCAGCCCGCAAACUCCGGACCAGUGAUAACUGACUGGGCCCACCAUCUUUUGAAGAACCCGAGUUUGUACCUGAAAAUGAUAUUGGCCGUCGACUUGUCAAUCAGCAAAGGGAGGAUUGCUGAAGAGUACGACUUUCCGGUGUGGCUUGUCAGCCACAUGACGGUCGGGCAGAGAGCCACUCCCACCGGGCAGCCCGUACCUCACUCCACGCCCCGAUCAACGGGCCAGUCUGCUGGGACAAGGCGGGAAAGCAAUUUCAUUAAUACGCAUCUUCCCACUUCCUCCAAGGAGAAAGACGAUCACGAACGCAGAGUAACGCCACCUCUCGACCCAAUUGGCACUUCAUGGGACAAUGUCUGUUCUCCCCCGGAGAGAGUGAUCUCUGAACCUUCAGGGGUUGGCGAGCAGAACUCUUUGGGAUUCCCAAGCCUUGAUGAUGUCAUGGAAACUUACUUCGGCGGCGUAGCCGACGCCGACACGUCGUACAUCGAAACCAUCCAAGACCUGAUUGAUUGGGCCUAA